AUGUGUGCGACCUCUGAGAUAAGUGAUAUAGACGAGAAGUAUUUAAAUUUGUUUGAUCAGAUAGAAAGUGUUAAAAAUACUAUUGAUAUAUUGAAAGUACGUCUGGGUGCUGUGAGUGAAAAAAAUUCCACCGACAUCUACGCACUUAUAGACAGCAAAUUUGGUAUUGUUAAACAAUCCUUUGAUGAUAUAAAUACUCGUUUGGAUGUCUUGAUAGAUAACUCUAAGAUAAAGCAGCGUGAUACAGAUAAGCAAUCCAUUGAUGAUUUGAAAGCUGAAUUGGAUUCCCUGACAGAUAAUUUUAAGGAGAUGCACAUCGAUUUGGAAGAAAAGUAUUUAGAAUUAAUAAAAAAUAAGGAAAACGACGAAGAUUCACGCAUGUAUAACCUCACAGCACAAAUUCUAGAGAAGGAAGCCUAUGAUAUGAAACCGUUAUUUGAUGUACGUGUUGAUCAGCUGCCAGCAUUUAAAAAGGAACAUUGCCAACCGGACUCUGAACCAAUUGAUUGUAAAGCUGCUACCAAGUGCACACAAAAGAGUGGAUAUUACAAAAUAUAUUUAGCCGGAAAUAAAGAAAAACAAAUUAUGGUAUUUUGUGAUAUGGAAAUUGGUGGUGGUAAUUGGAUGCACAUUUUAAGACGCAUUGAUGGAUCGGAAAAUUUUACACGUCCAUGGUCUGACUAUGUAAAUGGAUUUGGUAAAGUAGAGGGCGAGUACUGGAUAGGAUUAGAUAAUUUAAAUGCUCUCACUAACAACAAUGGUCGCCAGCAAUUAUAUUUUCAUUUGGAAUUUGAUUUAGAAUCUAGAUAUGCUUUGUAUGAUAACUUUUUAGUAGGAGAUGCCUCUGAAAUAUACAAAAUAAAAUCUGUAGGCACCUUUAAUGGCACUUCUGGAGAUGGUAUGGCGGAUAAGUUGCAUAAGAAAUUUAGCACCUUCGAUAAUGAUAAUGACGAAUUGGAUAGAAAUUGUGCCGCUGAAUACGGUGGAUGGUGGCAUAGUCAUUGUGAAUAUGCAGAAGCUACUGGUGAUUAUGAGUAUUCAAAAUCGGGAUCAUAUAGUGAAGGAUAUAAGGUUGAUUAUUAUAAAACAUUGUAUUUUAUGAUACGAAGUUCUUAG